CCUCCCCUCCUUCAGUUCAGAGGAAGGGUCUCGACCUGAAGUGUCGACCGUCCAUUUCCCUCCACAGACGCUGCCUGACCCGCUCAGUUCCUCCAGUAGCUCGAUUUUUGGUAUUAAACCAAAAUGGUGACAGGUAUAACUGGCCUGUUCUGAUCCUGUCAAAACGACUGUUACCAAACAUUGAAGAAUUGAAGAGUUUCCCGCGUUUUGUUUCACAUUUCCACAAUCUGCAGGUUCUUUUAUUUAUAUUCCUGACCAAACCGGUUACCCGUAGCUCCCCCACCAAUGAUUGUUGAGAUGCACCAACGGGCCAGAGCACAAGUCAGCACUGACCUCGGCAAAGUACUGAAUUGUGCCUUUAAACUGAGCCGCUCGAAUGGAUGUAAUCUUCCAGAUAUGAAGUUUAAAGCCACGUCAGUAACUCCACCCCAGUAAGCCCACAAUGUGCAUAAAUUAUGCAGCUGCACCGAGCUGCGGUCAGGUCCUGAUCCCCCGGGAGCUGCUUUGAGUAAUGUUCCUGCGAUUUCCAACCAGGAAUCGACGUCCUGCCGGAACUUAUUUCAUCCCAUGACGUUCUCCAGCGUAGAUCACCAUCCAUCUCCCCUCUCUCUCUUUCUCCCUUUUGCAGCUUCUCGUCGAUUAGAUUUCAGAGCUCUCGUGUGGAACCUCGCUUCCCACUGCUACCUCCUCCUCCCCGCUCUAUUAUUUGAAAGAGCUUCCAGUGCCAACGCCUCUGCGCAGAUGAAGACAGUUGACUGCUCUCUGCUCUGCCUCUGGCAGCUUCUCAGCCAGUGGGUUCCAGCUCAGGGGGCGAGUCACAACAAGGUGGCUGCUACAGGUUCCUCGGUUCAAUUCCCCGGAACAGAUAAGGAAUUCGAAAAUUUGAACUGGGAGUUCUCAACUCCGAGCAGGACUCUUCCCAUCACUGAUGUGGUUGGAGGAAGGUAUGUCAUAUUUGAGAAGUACAAGAAUCGAAUUGAAGUUAACAUACCUGAUGGAUCCUUUCUAUUACAAGCUGUGGACAAAACAGACAGUGGACAAUACAAAAUGACAGUAGACUUAGACCCAUGGAGGACCAGAAUUCUAACUCUUGAAGUCUUUGAUCCUCUCUCCACACCAUCCAUUAACGACACCUCUGAGGGCAACAGGACUGUGCUGAGCUGCACGGUGCAGAGAGGGAUACCCACUUCCAUUCUGUGGACCAGAGAAGAGGUUGUGCUCCCAGUGGACCAACGGCAGUCCCUGUCUGAUGGGAACAAAACUUUAACCAUUUGGAACACACAGGAAUCAGACUCUGGAUGUUACACCUGCACAAUGGAAAACCAAGUCAGUUGGAAUAUCAGCAGCUACCAGCUGGUCAUCAAGAAUCCUGAACCCCGUACCAGAGCUCGACUCGGAUUGUAUCCAGCUGCUUGCUUAGUGUGCACAUCGGUGCUCGUGCUUAAUGUGCGAUUAGUGCACGGUUGAACAGGACGCUUCAAUAAAUAUCCCACCCCUGCUCAGUGGAACAAGGGCAGCAGGUACAUUGGAAGACCACCAAGACCAUCUCAAUUCCACUGCAGUUUACGCUGUGCCAGUUUUGCUCCUGGUCACCAUCCCUUCCGCACUGGUGGGAGGAACUCCUGGAAUUCCCCAGCAAGCUACGCUGUACAAAGACCUUCACCACAAGAGCAGGCACAGUAGUGCAGUGGUUAACGUGAUGCCAUUACAGUGCUAGAGACCCGGGUUCAAUUCCCACCGCUGUCUGUAAGGAGUUUGUACGUUCUCCCAGUGUCUGCGUGGGUUUCCUCUGGGUGCUCCGGUUUCCUCCCACAUUCCAAAGACGUACGGGUUAAGAAGUUGUGGGCAUGCUAUGUUGGCGCCGGACGUGUAGCUCCCAGAACACUCUACGCAAAAGAUGGAUUUCACUGUGUGUUUCGAUGUACAUGUGACUAAUAUGGAAAUCUUAUCUUAUCUUAUCAAGAUAUGGCAGAAUUUAUUUAGUCAGUUAUUUCAUUGCACUCAGGAGAUACUUAUCCCCAGUUAAAAGAUGGAUCCGUAUUGCACCAGACUGAAGGACAGCUUCUACCUCACUGUAAUAAGACUAUCGAAUGGUUCCCUUAUAUGAUGAAAUAGACUCUUGACCU